UAAAAAAAAAACAUCAUGUGGAGUGAAAGAGACAGAGGGAGAAAGAGAAAGACUCCACAUAUUCUCUCAUUCCUCCCGCUUGCUCACUGGAUUUCACAUUUACGGUGGUUAAAGGGAGAGUGGACCCCAGCCACACCCCCUGACUAUAAAUCCAAGGCAUAAGGAAACACUCAGCUGAAAACACACAUGGAACUGAAGGAUCUGGAGCUCACAAACUCAUUUACACACAUGAACAUACAAAGUCUGGGAGGUGGCUUGGCAUGCUGUUAGCCCAAAUAACUGAUGACAGUGGAGAGAAGGGCACUUCUGAUGAAUGAGUGAGUCACAAGUGACUUGGUUGAGCAUUGCUGGAUUGGUUGGAGCCCUAAGCAGGACUGGUUACAGAAGCUUUGCAACAUGCUGGGGGUGUACGAUUAGAAAUAGGGAUUGAGUUCACUCUUGUGUUUGGGCAAAAUAGAACGGUUCAACAGAGAUUUCUGUGCAAGGACGAAGAGCAAAGUCCAGAAGUCCUCUGUAAGUUGCUGAGCAUGUCUUUUGCGAUGGUGCGACCAACCCCAGGUCAUUUCUUGUGCUCUGAGAUCAGCAUGCACUCCGAGGACGACGACAAUGGCAGUGAAGGUUCUGGAUCUGACGACAAGUCCUUCCGUAUGGCCAGCCGCAGCUAUAGCACCCUUAAGUUAGGUGCUCGUAAACAGAGGUAUGGCUGCCAACCGGUAGCGGCUCCCAGUGAGCUCCGUCCUCAGAUUGUCGAGAUCCGCCAGCGGAACACUGCAAAUGCUCGAGAGCGGGAUCGCACGAACAGUGUGAACACGGCAUUCACUGCCCUGAGGACGUUGAUACCUACCGAACCGGCCGACAGGAAGCUGUCCAAGAUUGAGACGCUGCGGUUGGCCUCCAGCUACAUCUCGCACCUAGGGAACAUGCUGCUGGUUGGAGAGGAGUGUGGAGAUGGCCAGCCUUGUCUUAGCGGCUCCGAAGCCUUGUAUCAUCGUCUUCACAACCUUCCAAAGAGCUUGACUCCCAGCCCGGACUCAGAAAACUCUCAGCCCAGACAGAUCUGCACCUUCUGCCUCAGUAACCAGAGACGGCUGGUGAGUAGCUUGAUGGAACGUAAUUGUUGGUUAAACAUCAGAUCUGACUGACAUUUAAAGAACAGUCAAAUCUUAGAAAUUAGGUGUUUAAUAAUAAAGUUAUUAUUCUGUGACAAAUCGGAGGUCAAAGGUCAGUGCACUGUUAUUGAUUCAUGUCAUUCAAAACUUUAUCUGAAAUUUAGAGGGAUAGUUCAGACUUUAGAC